AUGCAAUCAGAACCCAAAGUUACCACUGAAAUGUCAACCGCCACCCAGCACUUGGAGGUUAUGGACGAUGAAGGAUUCAAAACGUCUGACCCGGCCUUUGAUGCUGUGAUGAGGGGUCAGGUAACCACUGGAUAUGAAAACUUAAGCGCUCUUGAGACAAUCAAAACCUUCAAAAUCUGCACUCUCGUGUGUUUUGCAAUGGCAUUCAGCGCGGCAACCGAUGGGUACCAGAUUGGAAUAAAUGCUAGUAUCAUUGCAAAUACUGGAUUUGUCUCUCGCUUUGCUACAACAGUUGCUAAGACCGGAAAACCUGCUCUCGCAUCGCCAAUACUCAGUGGAUGGAGCUCGAUAAUGUCCUGCGGCCAGAUCAUCGGAAUGAUAACCUUGCCAUUCCUUUCGAGCAGAUACGGUAGAAAGGUUGCAAUGUUCACAUAUUGGGUAAUCCUAGUGGGAAGCGUCCUUACUGAGUGUCUGGCGAGAUCAUGGCAGAGCUGGCUGGUAGCGAAGCUCCUGGCAGGAAUUGGAGUGGGCUGUUUGCAGUCGACUGUGCCAACAUAUAUAUCAGAGGUGGCACCCACUCGAAUUCGUGGAGGCCUUUUGAUGUGCUACAGCUUUUGGUGGACAUUAGGCUCAUUCUUUGCUCAAGUCGCUCUUCAACAUUUGGCAAGCAAUGACGCAACCGACUAUCUGACACCAAUCUAUACCCAGUGGGCUCAAAUAGGAAUCAUGUUCAUCAUCUACAUUUUAGUGCCAGAAUCACCUGCUUGGUGUGUGAAUGCUGGCAAGGAUGACAGAGCGAAGAAGGAACUUCUCAAGCUCAAUGGCCGAGUGCCCAACUACGAUCUAGAACGACAAUUCCAAGUAUUAGCUCUUGCUGUUGAGCAUGAGCGCGCUGUUGCAGUCGAGCAACGUCGAGAGAAGUGGUACGGGAUUUUCCAGGGCGUUAAUGGUCUUCGCACUGUUAUCUCUUUCUGGACCAACCUCACCCAACAGUUGAUUGGUCUCAGCCUCUUUGGGACAUUUGGAACCUAUUUCUUUCAACAAGCUGGACUAGACGAUCCUUUCAGAAUUAAGGUCAUCACCACUUCCAUUCAAAUUGGAACAGUGAUUGUUGUGGUCAUUGUCGCCGAUCGCUUGGGGAGAAGAUUGCUUGCUUGUUCAGGAACGACACUGUGUUGGGUGUCUUGCGUCGCGAUCGGGAUUAUCGGGGUUUGUCCUCAAGUAAAGGCAUCUACUUACCUUUUUAUCCUUUUCGCUUGCCUAUGGAACUGUGGAUUGGCCACAAACGGCGCAACUGGAUGGGGAUAUAUUGGAGAAAUCUCAUCACAGCGCCUCAGGCCAUAUACUGCUGGCUUUGGUGCGGCUGUGACCUGUGUAGCUGGUGUUGUGAUGAAUGUCCUCGUCCCAUACAUGACAAAUAGCAGCAAAUGGAACUGGGGCUACAAGACAGGGUGGUUCUAUGCUGGCGUUGGCCUUCCAUUUGUUAUUGGCAUGUGGUUACUGAUUCCUGAGACUGCUGGGCGAUCUGCAGCUGAAUUAGAUGAGCUGUUUGAGCGAAAGAUAAAACCUUGGAGAUUCCACAUGACCGAAACAGCCACUCAACGGCUUGUACAGGAAGAAAAUUUGGAAAAAAUCUAG